AUGGGAUGCUCCAAGCCCUUGCUCAAGAUGGACACAUUCCUAUCUGGCGAGCCCGUUUUCGACCGGCUCCCGAGCACGCUCAUUCUGAAAAUCUUCUCCAAGCUAAAUGCGGGAGAAGGGACUGACAUCAAAAUGCUCUCUCGAUGCGCCCAGGUCUCGCAUCUAUGGAAUCGAUUAGCGUUGGACGGGAGCAAUUGGCAAACAGUUGAUUUGUUCCAAUUUCAAAAAGACGUGACUCCAGUGACCGUCGAAAACAUCUCCCAGAGAUGCGGCGGUUUUCUAAGAAAGCUCUCGCUCCGUGGCUGCCACAAUAUCGAUGAUUCGACGAUCGACGUUUUCACGGCUAAUUGUCGCAACAUAACGUACUUGAAUUUGUCCGAUUGCAAGCUCAUCUCUGACGCUUCUUUGCGCUCGCUAGCCCGCAAAUGCCCAGCUCUUCAAUCCGUCAAUUUAUACAGCUGCUCGAAAGUCACUGAUGCAGGACUCCGCGACUUAGCGACCGGUUGCCUGCGACUCAAGGAAAUUGACAUCUCCUUUUGCCAAAAAAUAUCUGACGCUGGAGUGGAAGCAAUAACAGCUCAAUGCGAAGAUCUCAGGGGCUUGUUUCUCCGCGAUACGUCAAUUAGUGAUUCUGCUCUGGGAACAAUCGCUAUCAAUUCUUCGAAAUUGGAGACUUUGAGUGUCUCUUACUGCUCCAUUUCCAGCGCUGGUCUUUCGAAGAUCAUUUCUAACUGCACUUCAUUGAGCGAGCUUCAUUGCGCUCGAUGCCCGAAUGUGACUGAUUCUGCGCUUCAUGCUCUCGGCCGUUUUACGAAAAGCGGCCUAAAGACUCUGGACAUCGCCGGCUGUAGCGCAAUCUCCGAUCACGGAGUUUUUUCCUUGGUUCAAUCCUGCACCGGGCUGGAACGAGUAGACCUGGAGGAAUGCCUGCACUUAUCCGACGCCACGCUGCUUCAAUUGGCCAUUCAUUGUCAUAAUAUCAAAGAACUGACAUUGUCCCACUGUGAAAAUAUCUCGGACGAAGGGAUCCGCCACUUGUGCAGUGGGGAAUUGAGACUGUCACUAGAGCUCAUUGACCUUGACAAUUGCCCGCUUCUAACAGAUGCCUCGCUCCGUCUCUUGGAAAACUGUCCAAACCUACGCCAGCUCGAGCUUGUCGACUGUCAGCGCAUCUCCAAGGCUGGUAUUGACCGUUUGGAACGCAAAAUUCCAGGGAUCAGUAUUCAUUCCUAUUUUGCGCCGGACCUGGACGAACUUGCUCCGAACUCAUCAACCUCUCACCGCGCAAAAUAUUGUCCAAAAUGCACUAUUCAGUUCAACUCUUUUUGUUCCGAAAACUACUAUACGAAAAAAGUCGAAAAGAAACUCUCAUGGAAGGAAAGGAAUGAUCCAAAAAGAGUGAUGGCAUCAGCUCGUCAGUUUGAUUACAGCUUGCAGCCUAACUUUUUGAGUAAUGAAUACGGAACUCAUAGAUCCGGAUCCUCGAAUAUCUCCUCAUCAACAAUGGAAAUUGUCAAUAGCAGCCAUGUUACCGUCUCCAGCGCAGAUUAUCAGCCAGUCGUUCUUCAAAAUUCUACAAUGAGAAGUCUUCGCGAUGAUCUAGCAAUUUUAUCAAGCGCUUCCAAUGAAUUUCAACUGCUGCUCGAAGAAAAUCCUAAUUUACUUCAAGCGCUUACGGCGUAUGAAGUUCUUAUGUCGCGGCCAACUGAUGUGACCAAAGAUCUUGCAGAGCUGAUGGAUGCAACUGAUGAUGCUUUAGGUAAAGAUGACACGAUAGUGACCGCAGCAAAUGAGCUCCGUAGCAUUCUACAGACCGGUCAUUCUGGAGCGAUGUGUACAGCCGCGAAAAAAGUAGCUAGUCAGGACUAUGCCGAAUCCUUUGGAACUUCUGAUCUCAGCUGUCUGGAAGAAGGGCCACUUGAGGGCUGCGCUCUUCGAGUUGUUCGCCUUGUGAAAGGAGACGAACCGUUAGGAGCAACGGCGAAAAUUGGCGACGAUGGAAGUCUGAUUGUUGCGCGGGUAAUCAAGGGCGGUGCAGCUGACCGCAGUGGAUUAAUUCACGUCAACGAUCGAAUCGUAGAGGUCAACGGUAUCCGUGCCAAACCAUCCAACGUCGAGGCGAUUAUGGAAGGCCUCUCACAAUAUCAAGGGCAGUUGAUAUUCGUCCUCGAGCCCGGAGAGAAAGCAUCGUCUGACGAAGAAGCAGAACGAAUGUAUCUUCGACCUAAUUUCUCCUUUGACCCUAAAAAUGAUCCCUUGUUGCCAUGUCAUGAUGCAGGCGUUGAAUUUACGCCAGGUGUUGUUCUCGAGGUAUUACAAACGAAAGAUGAAUGGUGGUGGCAAGCGAAAAUCAUCAGUCAUCCAACACACAAAACGCCUGCCAGCUCGAGAAAAGAGCACGCUGGUCUCAUACCUUCUGAAGCUCUCAUCGCUCGAAGGGAAAAGCUGCGAAUGGAGAAAGUGGAGAAAGCGAAGCCAAAACCAAAGAAGAAAAUCCUCGGUGGGUUGUUUCAAUCGGGCAAGUCUGGAAACACGAAAGAGGAUGAAAAAACUGAUGAAAUUUCUAAAGGGUACAAAUCGGUGGUGCAAUUCGGCCCAUCAUCAAGAAAAAGGCCUCUUGUUGUCAUCUCGCCCAGAUCGAUCGACAAGUUUCAGUUGAGAAGACGACUGAUUCAGGCGAAGUCAGAAUCCUACAGAAUUCCUACGCCUUCAACGACCCGUCCUAAACAAGCGACAGAACGUGAUGGAGUGGACUACCAUUUCAUCAAUCGCGCUGAUUUCGACUCUGAAAUCGCGAACGACUCGUUCCUUGAAUAUGGGAUGAACAAAGCCGGCUUUCUUUACGGAACGCUUAUGACUGAAGUGUUGAAGAUCCUCGAUACCGGCAAAACCCCGCUCCUUUGCCCUCCUCCACAGUCGUUGAACAAGAUUCGAAAUAAGGACUUCAAGGCGUUCGUUGUUUUCCUCAAGCCGGUCGAUCGCAUCAACUGCAAGUGGGAUGCCCAGACUAUGCGCGAAGCCGGAAAAAUGGAGAGCGAAUACGCCCAUCAGAUCGAUGUGUGGAUCGAGUACGACACCACUGAGUUCGCAUUCCGCCGCCUCCAAGAAAUCGCAUUCUCGCUGGAGAACGAGCCACAGUGGAUCGAAAAAGACUGGGUCAAAGAGGACUCAUAG